UCAAUUCCGACAGCCCGCAUACGUUUUGCAGCACUCCAACGCCUGGUGUUGUAAUUUUUCUUGUCGCAAGGUGAAAACGAUUUAAACGGUUUUUGGUAGUGAAAAACAAAGUAAAAUGCUCCAAUUGCGCACCAAAGUGUAUAUGAACAUGGCGUUAACUCGAUUUCGUCGCGGCUGUAGUGUAAAAAUGGCUCUAAGUGCAUGAAAAACGUGCUUGAAAAUUUUACUUUGUGUGUAGCCACACGCACUCCAACACACACUCGCACACUCGGUCGCACACACACACGCAGCAGAGGGAGAUAAACGCAGCGAUGGCCUCGCAGUUGUACUCGCACAUAUAAAAAAGCUCGCUUGUAUAUUGGAGAAGGAGCGCACAAAGCAGAAGACGAGAGGAAAGAUUUCUGUGUCAUUGAACGAGAAAGAAAGAGAGCCAGGAGCCGCAAAGCAAAGGCCAAACUCCUGCUCCUCUUCCAACGGCCGCAGGUGCACACUCUUUCCAAGGAUACCCAUUCUCUCUCUCGGUUUCGCUCUCUCCCUCGAUCGAUACUUGCUCGAACGCUUCGAAUCAGAGGAUUGAGCAAGAUGGACGCCACGCCAAGAGGACACGUAGUUUUAUGACUCUGAGGGGCAGCCAAGCCAGCCUUUCGUCGCACUAGAAAGCCAGUAGCCAGGCUCCCACAGAGCAGGAGCGCAGCCAGUGAGCAGGAGCAGUCAGGAGCCACAGAUAGAACAAUCUUUAGCCGUCAUCAUGGUCGACAAUAGCGUUCAGUGCCCCGUGUGCACUUUGUACCUGCACGCGGGCAUGAAUCUCUCCGAUCACCUGGAGACCCAUCCCAAGGAGCAGGUGAUCCGGGCGCUGGUGCAGAUGACGAUCGUCGGAAGCGGUGGCAACAGCAUGGGCAGUGCUCUGGCUGCCGCCAUGAUGACAGGAGGAAGUGCCAGUGAAUCAACGGCAGUUGAUGAGAAACCAGCCGUCUUAUCACCGCCUUCUGGUGGCGAUGUCAAACCAGUUGUGGGCCAAACCAUAUCAGCGGCAACAGCAGCAGCGCCGCCACCGCUAUCCUCCUCUCUCGUGGCAGCCUGCUCCAAUGGAGCCACCACCUCCACCGCCGCCGCCGCAAGCAGCUCCACACCCACCUCCCCCUCAGCAAACCACAACAACAACAAUAACAACAACAGCAGCAGCAGCAGCAACAGCAACAGCAACAACAGCAAACCGAGCAAUCCACCGAUGAAAGCACUAAAAUGCGUACCGCCCACGACUGAGGCGCGAGCCAACAACACAUCCGCACAUCCCACCACGAGCAGCGUGUCCACAUUGUACCAGCCAGCGCAGGUCACUCCGGAUUAUCGCUUCAACCAGCAGCAGCAGCAGCAGCAACCGCCGCAGCCACAGACGACGGGCUUUGGGCGAGGAGUUACCGCGUCAGCAGCCACGCUGGUGAUACCGCAGGUGCCACAGCAGCACUUCCUCGCCAGCCACCAGCAGCAGGCUCACUUUGCCCAUCAGCAACAACAGCAGCAGCAGCAACAACAGCAGCAGCCCCCGCAGCAACAGCAACAACAACAGCAUCAGCAGCCUGCACUAAAGUUCAGCUACGCCACAGCUUUGCCCCCACCUCCGCUGCAGCUAUUUACACAGCAACAGCAGCAGCAACCGCCGACGACAGCUGCACCGCAGUCGCAGCAGCAGCAGCAGCAAUCGCACCAGAAACCACCUCCCGCCUAUGGAGCCGCCAUCAGUCAAAUACGAUCUCAGCACAACCAAAACAAGCAGCAGCCACAGCCUCAAAUCGUGGCGGUGCACCACAACCUAACCCUAGCACCACCGACGUCGGCAGCGGCUGCAACUGCAUCGCUCGCAACUGUGGUUGGCAAGCAGCCCAGUAAGCCGCAUUCGGAGGUAUUCCUGAAUCCCCCACCACCGCCGCCGGCCCAGCAGCAGCAGCAGCAGCACGCGCCGAUCCACAAUCUGGGGCAGCAUCAGGCGAAUCAUCAGGCGAGCAACCAGCACCAUCAGCAUCCCCACCACCAGCCGCCGCAGCAGCCACAGCAGCUGGCCACAUCGUCCUCGGGCAGAUUGCAGCAGCACCACCAGCAGUCGUCGAGCUUGCAGGCCUACGGAUCGGGUGUCAGCAGUGGCUGCAGUUCCGCCAACAACCCCUCGACCUCCACAUCCGGUCUGCGGGUCAAUCGACAGACGAACUCGCCGUUCGGUGCACUGCUCAAUGCUGCGGCGGCUGUGGCCUGCGCCUCGCCAGCUUCGUCCACCGCCUCCUCCUCGGUGCUCCGCUAUGCGGAGUCACCGGUGGCUCACUACUUGGAGCGCGAAAACGGUGACUUCAUUGUCCAGGAAACGCCAAAGCAUAUUGUCGAGUGUGUGGAGAAGGAGGACGGCGAGUUCUCCGUGAUCGAGCGCAUUUACCAAUCCCCGCCGAGUGUCCUGCACAUACAUGACGACGAUGAGGACGAGGAGGAUGAGGAGGAGGAGGUCGACCACGAAGCUCCGCCGGAGGAGGAGGACGGUGACGAUGAGCGCGAGGAGAACAGCCACAGCCGUAACAUGAGCAAGACAACGAAAAAAGCCCGCAAGACGAAGCCAAAGCGAAGCUCCAAGCGCGUCUCCGAGGAGGAGGAGUUCAUGAGCUUGAGCAGUGGAUGCGAGAGUGAGCUGGAUGGAGAGCGCAAGCCGGAGCAGCCGAGCACGUCCACCGCUCUACCGCCUCCUCUUUCCACAGCUCCUUCGACGAGCACCGCUGCUGGCGCCUUCGCUAGCUCCUCCAAUCUGGCGGACAAUCAUUCCAAUUCCGCCUCGAACUCCGCCUCCAAUUCCAACUCUACGACCACCACAAAGUCCAAGAAGAAUCGAAUCACAGUGCUCAGCGAUGUGCCGCUCAAUAUGAACGAGUAUCUCGAUCUGAUGGGCAACAUCGUGGCCUCCAGUCGCAUCGGCACCAGUCGUCCCUUUGCCGCCGUGGCUCCCAUACCGCUCGUGAAGGUGGAGAAGGAGGAGCCCUUGGAUGACUACGACAACAUGCCAAUGCCACUGCAGCAGCUGGAGCAGAAGCCCAGCGUGGAGCACGGCACCACCAGUGUGAUUCGCAUGGCCAGCACGGCUACUGCGUCGUCGACUGGAGCGUCGCCGGAUGCUGAAGCGUCUCCCGAGGAUCUCACCCAGCCGCCGCAGUUGAAGGUCGAGGUGGAGCCCACCAGAUUGAUACCGCAGCGCUUCUCCACACCCGCACAGCAUCGCGGUCCCAAGAAAUUAGUCAUCAAACCAAAAGCGACAGCAGCAGCGACAGCGACGACAACGAAAAAGACUGACACCCCAACUUCCGCCAGCAGCAGCAGCAGCAACCCAUCCAUAUCAAGAGAUCUGGUGCAGGUGAAGAGCGAGACCGUGGAGACCCCAGCGCCGAGCAGCAGCAGUAGCAGCAGCAUUCUGGAGAAGCACCUGACCACCAGCCGCAAACUGAUCCAGCACCACUCGGCGGUGAACGAUGACGAUGCCCGGGUUCUGUUGGAGUUCGCCAACUCCAAGCAGCCGCCGCCGCUGGCCGCUUCUAGCACCACGUUCGUGGUGAACGCCAGCGCUGGAUUUCCUUCGGCGGGAUCGGUGUUCGCCAGCAGCAGCAGCAGCAGCUGCUCCAAGGCGGCAACGGUGGCCAAGCCGGGCGAGGAGUACAUCCUGCCGGACAACAACAUGGAUGUGGAUGAGAUUGUGAUAUCCUCGUCGUCUUCCUACAACUCCUCAGCGGCCCAGGGGCAGGCCCAGCUGCAGCCGCCCGACUUUAACUUUCUGUACCACCAGACCACGACCACGGCCACGACGGCCACCUACUUUAAUUCCUUCUCGAGGCAGCAGCACCACCAGCAGCCGCACCAUCAGCAGCACGGUGUUAGUGAUGCCACCAAUGCGGCCACUUUGGCCUCGUCGUCGAGCAACUCGUUGGAUCACGACUCGAUGAAUGCCAUGUUCCGGGUGACCAAGACGCAGUCGCUGCAGUCAUGGUUCCAGCAGGAGCAGGAUCACGACCCGCAGAAUCCUGGAGGUGUGGGUUCGGGAACAGCCACGCCCUCGAAUCAAAGCCAGGAUGUUGUCAGUCACCAGCCCACCAAUUUCAAUGCCGCCCUGGCGGCCGUCGAUUGUUGCAGCGUUGCUCUGGACGAGGAUGCCAAGUAUCUGGACCUGGACACCUGCAAGCGGGAGCAGUUGAGCAGCAGCAGCAACCUGCCCUCCGCAUCCGCAUCCACCACGUCGUCUUCAUUCGCCGGCGCUGGCACGGAGAGCAGUUUGGUGGGCGGCCUGAACAUCCGCACCGAUGAGAAGAUGCCCGCCAAGGGUGAAAUCUCUGAGCAGGAGAGCAACUGCGACAUCGAGAACUCUUGGAGUGAGUCGGUUUAUGGGGAUAUUUCGCAGCGGUAUUUCAGAAACCAGUUCUCUGGGGGUUACAACCCCGACUGGAGGCAGGACUACUACCCGGCUCAGGAUCUCAGCGCCCAGCAAAGGGAGCAAAAGCGUUUCGAUUUCAAUGCGGUUGAUGAUGAGGCUUCAUCCAGCUCCCGGAAAAGUCAGCUUACAGAUGGCCUUCCAAUGGCGGCCACCUCCUCCCCCUCCACGUCAUCGGCUUUGCUGGCGGGUCCACCAAUAGCCUCGACAUCUCGGGCUGCCGCAGAGGCAGCAGCGGAGGCGGCUGCUCUCGCCCAGCGAAAACCGCAGCGGCGCAAGGUCUACAAGUGUCCACACUGCGAUGCGAUUUUCGAAAAGCUCAAAGAGCGCAAUGCGCACAUGAUUGGCGAGCACAACUAUGUGCGCCAGAACCGCCGACUCAUCUGCACUCAGCCGCAGGUCAGCACAUCGAUGCUGCCGCCGCAGCAGCAGAUGAUUAUGCAGGCGACCGAUGCCUUGCAAGAGGAUUCCAAGGACGGCAUUAUCAAGAUAAAGCAGGAGCAGUGCCAGGAGAAGCAGGAUGUUGAGCAUAUGCACGCCCAUUCCGACCUGCUGUCGGAUGUCAAGGACUCCGAGCUGCUGGGCAUCGGUGGUGAUGGUGACGCGGAUGUGGAUGGCGACAUUAAACCACCCAGCCAGCUGGACGAGAAGCCUACCCUGCCAACGCUGGCCAUGACCACACCGGCCGCCAAAUUGGCAGCUUUGUACCGAAUGCUUAUCGCCUACAACGAGUCCAAGCUCGGUCAGGAACGGAAUAACCUCAGCGAACUGGAGCAGAAGGCCAUGGAAAAGUCGAUAUUUCUGUGCUACGUCUGCCGCACCGACUUCCCGUCCGUAAAGCUAUACGACGCCCAUCUCACCGAGCAUCCAGCCGAGUGCUUCACCUGCGGCAAGAAGUUCUAUCGCUGGAAAAACUUCUCGCUCCACUUGAAGCGGCACUUGGGCUGGAAGGAGUUCGGAUGCUAUGUCUGCGACAAGAAGUUCGUGGUGCGCAGCGCCCUCGUCGAGCACAUGCGGAUGCACACGGGCCAAACGCCGCUUAAGUGCAAGAUAUGCGGUAAAAAAUUCAAACGCUACUCGAAUCUGACGCAACACCGCAAGCGGCACACCAAGAUGAUGGUGCGCAAGAAGGAGUACGUGUGCCACUGCGGCGAGGUGCUGCCGUCGAAGGCGCGCUUCCUGUGGCACAAGGAGACGCACGACUUGAAGCCCAAGUGCUGUCCGUACUGCUGCGAUCGGUUCGUGCACGCCAACUCGCUGCGUCGCCACAUCCGGCUGGCGCAUUCCGACAAGUUCGACUACGCCGAACCGAUGGAGUGUCCGAUGUGCAAGCAGAUCUUCGCCAAGACGUCGAUCAAGGCGCACAUGGCGACGCACUCGACAGAGCCGCAGUACGACUGCGCCAUCUGCAGUAAGAGCUUCUCCACCAAAUGGAAUCUCAAGAUCCACUCGUGGGUGCACGCCAACCGAACGGCCAAGCCCUUCAAGUGCGAGUACUGCCCGAAGGCGUUCGUCCGGGAGCUGGACUUCAAGAACCACAUCAACGCGCACAAGCAGAUCAAGCCGUACACGUGCGAGUACUGCGGCUGCAAGUUCAUACGCAAGUACAACUACAUGAGGCAUCGGCGCGAGCAUCACGGUACGAAGAAGUUCACCUGCGACCAGUGCGACAAGUCCUUCCAUCGGCACUACUAUCUGAUCGAGCACCGGCGCAUGCACACCGGGGAGCGACCGUUCACUUGCACCAUCUGCGGAAAGAGCUCCACCACGAAGACCAAUCACAACAAGCAUCUGAAAAUCCACCACUCGCGCGAUCCCUUCACCGUGGAGGCCUAAAGGGUGCUCGGCGUAAUAUCGGGCUUCGUAAUUGAACUAAAGUUUAAUAUAAUCAUUACCUAGGUAGUUGUUCAUGACUCUUCUCUGUGUGUACUGUGUGUCUGUGGUUAAAUCAACAAAACAAAACAAAACAACAAAUUAGUAUUACUUAUCGAACUAUAUAUUUAGUUUACAUAUGCGAUUGCCAACCCUUGUUGAAUAAGCAAACAAGAAACAAGAAUUAUCACAAUAAUUACAUUUUACUAAUCAUACAUUUUGGAUGUGGUUAAAGAACGUAGCUAAAUGUGAAGUGUUCCCCCAUUCUCUUCCUCACGAUUCGAAUCCGCAGUUCGCGUCAACCGCUUUAAUCCCGUUUAGGUUUUAGUUUUAAAAGCUCUUUUAGUGAAAUGGCAUACCUAGUUCAGUGCAAUAUACAUCGAUAAAUUACUAUAUGCCGCGAUACUUUUCAUUUUUGUAGUUUAGUUCGCAUUAAGUUUAUUCACUUAUCAAUUAAUGCUUAGGAAGGCAUACUAGUUAAUUUAAGUUAGCCGCAAUUGGUCUAAAAAAAACUUUCGAGUUUUUUUCCAAAACUUGAGCACAUUCUAAGCGAAGGACACAUACACAGAAAACGAACACCCAUCUAACAACUUGUUAUAUAAUUUGUAUUUUUCUAAUUGAAGAGGAAAAUCUCUGCCAGCAAUCGAACGUAAGCGAACACAACUGUCAUAUUGGAUAAACAAUUUCGAUGUACGUAGCAUAUUUUUGAUUUAUAGUAGAUGCAACUUCUCUAGGCUAUUUUAAAGGAUUGUUUCAAUGGUUUAAUACAGCAAUUAGUUAAAAUUUCUAGCAUUAAGUGAACACAACAUUAAGUAUAAAUGAAAUUUCACAAUACAUGCAUACAUGCAUCAUAAUAACGAAAACAAACAAAUGAAACAAAAAAACCAUUUUAAAAUAUUUACAACUUACAAUACAAAUUUAAAUGAGAACUAAUGGAAAGAAUCCCAUUCUAUGGAGGAAAUAAAUUCAAUUUAUUGAUAAUUACAAAACAA